CUUCUGCUGUCCUAAGCACGUGGAAAAGUCCAAAAUGACUUCCUUGGCAAAACAACUACAACAACUACAAAUACCGGGAAGUUUGCCUUCAACAGCUACUGUGCAAGCCAGUAAAAAAUCAUCUCUGCUAUUUGAUUCUAAAGAGGCAGCUGACAUAGACAACGAAACUGUGUUUUCUAUCGGUUUAAAUGGCUUGGAGGAAUUGAAAGUUAUCGAACCUGCCUUUAGGAUGUUUGAAAAGUCGCUCUUUGGCGACAAUUCAAUGUCUCUGGAAAGAUCGUUACAGACUAAAGAUGUGAACGAAAAGCUCGAUCAACAUAUUUCAAAAUUUCUGCAAUAUUUAUCGCCGUACUUCUUGCUAAAACCAGCUCAUAAGGUUUUGGAAUGGCUUAUUCGAAGGUUCCAAAUUCACGUGUACAAUGUUGAUAGUUUGGUUACUUGUAUUUUGCCUUACCACGAAACAAACUUGUUCACUCAUGUGUUGCAGCUACUCUCCAUAAAAGAUCCUUCCUCAAAGUGGAACUGGCUAAGUCCCAUUAAAAAAGCCGGAGUUCCCCUUUCUAAGUCAGCUUUCUUACAACACUGCGUCACUGAUCCAGCCUUCUUCUCUCUUAUUUGUGACAUGGUGAUGGAAGGUACAAAGCUGGAAAUUCCUCCGUCAAGCUUAAGAAUUUUGUUUACAUUUUAUACCUCAGCUGUUGUUGGAGCCUUAGAUAUGAUGCCAAGUGUGACAGAGAAGUUUAUAACUCAGUUAUUGCCUCAUUUACUAGCUGGUCUAAAGUCUGAGCUCUCAGAGCUGGUAACAUCGUCAUACAUGAUAACAGCUCAGUUGUGCUUUCGAUGCAGUAUGGAUAAGGAAUUGGUGAAAUCCCUAUCUGACAGCAUUUGCAAGAGCAUUAAACCAAGAUUAGCCACUGAGGGUCUGUCUUGUCUAACCUUCAUUUGUCAAUCACAGGGGUUGAAGAAAUUAUCAAAGAGAUCCUUUAAAGCACUUCUGAAGCUUCCAAGACUGGUAAAUAUUCUUCACAAUCUGUCGUUGAGUCGCAGCAUUAAUCCAUUACUUGAAGUAUUUGUCCCACAACUUGUAUCCAAUGGAAUAAAACAGGAGUUAUCAGAGGAGAGCGAUACAAGAGGCCUGUUAGAGAAUCUUCUGAAAUUACUUGGAGAAGUUGAUUUUGAACCAGUGCUGGUCACUGUGACUGGCAGAUAUCCUAUAGAGCUAGAGAGAGCCAUUGAGGCACAUCUUCAGGCACUCAAGAACACAGAGGACAUAACUGAAGGGGAUGCUGGCAGUGGUGCAGGGGAAGGUUCCCGCUGGACAAUGGAUCUGGUGUCCUUAGCACUCACAGGAGUAAAAUCGCAGGUCAUUCCCGAUUCAAAUACAACACUGGUUUUGAGUCUUCAUCAUCCUCAAGCUCAAGUGCGAGAAAUGGCAAUCAAACGUCUGGGAGAACUAUUAGCAGAGAAAGGGGGCUUGUCUGAAGACAAACACUUCAUUAGUGAUUCAUUACUUUUACGAAUUCAAGAUGAUGAUCCAUCUGUGGUGGCUUGUGUGCUAAAGUUGGGACAGGGGCUUGUUGAUAAUCUUCCCACUGAUCAGUUUUUGAAAGAAAUGUUUAAACUACUGGACAAGAAAUCAGAAGAGUGGGACAAGGUCCGAGAGGAAGCCAGUCUAUUGUUGGUUGGUGACUGGGUAACCUGUGCUGUGCCUUCACUUGUAGCAGAGGUUAUGUUUGGUUUAUUGCCUCGUUUGCUGCUGCAUCGUCAGUCUCACAAAAUGGCUGUUCAGUUGUCCCUAAUUGUCAGCCAAUCAGAGCUGGCUUCACUGCAUCCUCUUUUGAGUGGAAUGAAAGAAUUUGUUGAAAAGAAAGAGUGGAAAAGUUGCACAAAGAGUGUUGACCUUGAUCAGCUUGCCUUGGCCAGCAGCUUACUAAUCAGUUGGCUUGGAGAAAACCUGGUAAAGUUGGAUGAAGAACAGCUUGUAGAAAUGGUUCAGAGUAUGAUAGCAUAUGCCAAAAGUCUUUCAGAUGAAAGUCUUUUCCACCCACUCCUGGAAUCUCUACUCAGAAGGGUCCUCGCUACAGCAACAGAGCCGUGUAAGAUGAUGUUGUGCCAAGUUAUCACAGAAUUUAUUUUGCCUGAUAUUUGGAAAGUUACAAGGUUGCCAGGAAACUAUGAGCCACUCAAGGUUGAAGAGUCAAGAAACAAAGAGUCAGAUUCGGGGAAUAUUGUUCCAUUUCCUCUGCUAAAGAGUUUGGUGAAGUUUCUGGGUAAACGCAGUAACAGGCGUUUGAAUCAUGCCAAAGGUGCCAUUACACUGUGGUUAUGUAAGGUGUUAAUAAAGACCAUCCCUGCUGAGCCACAUGCUUUAAGUGGACAGUGGUGGCAACAGACCGAUAGUGGUAGUGAAGAAGGUUCUUAUACUAAGCUUCUGACAGUACUGUUUGAGGCUGUAGCAUUUGGAAGUGGCACUUCAACAGUGCAUCAAGAUUUAUUCAAAGAAUUACUUCAAGACUUGUUUCAGUGCCAUCUACCCGAUAAACUAGUCCUGCUAAAGUUUGUAGGACAUUUAUGGUGCAAAAAUCCCCACCAGGGAAGGGAGAGUGUAUCAGCUCUUCUGCAAGUUCAGUGUCUUCACAUCGGCAGUGCAUGUCUUGGUUCCAUAAGCGGGAGGGUAGUGAAGGAACUGGCUAAGACAACAUGUUCAGGUACUGUAGUGUUUUUGCUGCAACUAACGGAAAAAAUAAACCAAAUCAAUGGCCUGUACCCGCAUACAGUAAAUAUUUGUAUCCUUGCAGAAGGAAAGAACUUGAUAAGUAGGGCGUCUUCUCCAAAAACAUCACACAGCUCAGAACUCUGGGUUCUUGGUGAGUUUUUUGCUGCAUUGGUAACUCGCACCCAGCCUCACUCCAAGGCAUCACAUGCGAAGAUCAUGAAGAACUCGCUGAACUUCUUGUUACAACAUGUAACAACCAGUGAAACGCCUUCCUUUGUCAAACGAACCAUAUUGUCAUCGUUACGAAGUAUCACUACUCAGGAUAUGCUUCAGACUCUGUUGCCGGUGGUGAAAAAACUUUUAGACAAGUGCGAGGAUAGCAAAGCCCUCUUGCAUGAAGAUGAAAGCACUCUGCUACAAUUGAUUGUACAAAAGUACACCCCGGACACUGCCGCAUUGCUGCAAAUUGAUUCCAAAUGUUGGAAAGAAAUGUUGAGGGUUCUCUCCCUGAGAUCUGCGGUCUGUCCUGGACAUCCUGCACCACUGUUCACGAUGAUUGGUCAGAUUACAAAUAGAUUCUUCCAAGCAAUCCCAGCAGAAGGAGUGAAACAGCAUCUGCUGAAGUAUUUUGUGGACACGAUGCUUGAAACAAAGGAUGUUGCCAUAGUAAAUGCUGCCAAGAAUUCUCUGUUGAAGAUUACUUUAACAGCAGAUCUGAUUACUGAAGAGCUAUGCAAGCUGAAAUGUAAUACAGAUAAAGAACCGAAGAAGAAGAAAGUGAAGAAGGCGCGCAAAGAGCAGCAACAUGAAGAGAAUGAAGGAUCAGAGCAGCUACAAAGAGUGACAGUUGUUCUUGAGUUGUUACAGAGUAAGAUUAACAUUGAAGAACCACAUCGACUUCUACCGACCUUGUUUGGGACUCUAGCCAGGUGUGUGGAACUCGAUCACAGUCAAACAGCUUCAGAGUAUAUUAUGCAGCUGGUAUUUUCUCUUAUCAACAAAAUCUGUGAAAAACUCUCUCCAAAUAGCAGUGCGUCUAUUGCAGAUCUCGUUCCCGAAGACCAGUUUGACGUGGAGUUGAUAGUGCAGUGCAUAAGGUCUUCAGAGAACCCGCGCACUCAUACCCAGGCUCUACUUCUACUUGCAACCUCAGCCCAUCUUUUCCCGGAAAAAGUUUUGCACAAUGUUAUGUCCAUAUUCACUUUCAUGGGCGCGAGUGUCGUCCGCCAGGAUGAUAGUUACAGUUUUGAAGUCAUCACUAAAACACUGGACACAGUGAUUCCUGCGUUGAUUCAGGCAGGUGAGGAGCAGCAGUUCCCACAGCUGACCAAAAAGGACUCCGCGUCUUUGGAUGACAUUGUGGCGAUGCUGAUCAGAGUAUUUGUAGAUGCUUCACCACACAUCCCAGAGCACCGCCAGCUUCCCUUGUUCGCUCAUCUCAUUGACACUGUUGGGUCAACACAGUUCCUUCACUCAGCGAUCAUUCUUUUACUGGAGAAACAUGUUGUGCAUAGUCUAAACACGUCUGAUGAUAAACAGACCACCGUUGCUAAAAAGCCUCUCGGAGCAGACUUCUGUCUAAGUCUUUGCCAUUGCUUCCAAGUAAAUGUCCAGGUAGAAGCCAUGUUGAAACUCCUGCAGUUCAUUGAUCAGUUGCCUUUGGAAAAACCUGAAGUUCGUCAGAAGCCCAGGAUGGCUCGAAGAAGUGCGCGUGUAUUCCUCGCUGUCACGCCUCUGUUUGAUGUGGACGCUCACUCAGCGAAACACCUCAGGCAAUUCAAAUACACAUCAGUCAGUGUUAUUUCUUCUCUGCUCAACAGUGACGAGUUUGUAAGCAAGGUCCAUGUUGAAGAGGAAAUGUUGGAUUCUCUCUUUCUGAGACUGUUACAGGAUACUUUAAACUUCAUGACUAAAACGGCGCAACAUGGUGACCAGGCAAAUCCUGAGGUGACUGGAAAAUUCUGGAAGGCUUUGUUGCAUAAAACUUAUGAAAUUAUCGACAAGGUUAAUCACCUCUUACCUGCGUCAGUGUUUUUCAAUGUCAUUGAAAAGCUUCUCCACAGCAGCAACGGAACAGUGAGGCGCAAAGCUAUAGAGUUACUCAACAGUAAACUGGGCAAUGAUGUUGGAGCUCAUUCUGACGAACAGAUCAAGGCGUUACUGAACUUAGUAACCGAACUCCUUGCCAUAUCGAGAGGUUCUGGGGAGAGUGAAGAGUCUGUCAUUAACAGGCAGACAGCUUUGUACAGUUUAAAGCUUCUUACUCGAUUGCUGGCCAAGGAACACCCUGACGAAUUUAAAGAGGUGAUGACUGUGGCUAUUGAUGUGUUUUCCUCCAAAGAUUCCAACGCUCAGGUUGCCUCAAGCGCAUUGCUCUGUGCAGCAGAAGUGCUCAGUGGACUUAAAACGCGCUGCAUUUCCUUCUUACCAAAGCUGAUGCCUUCCGUCCUAAAACUGCUCAAAAUAACUCAAAAAGAGAGGAACAGCCUGUUGAUUCUGUGUGGUGUAACAGCUUUGUACAAAGCCACCGAAGCACUCCCACACUUUCUUAGUCCUUACCUAGUUGAUAUUUUAAUUUUGGUGACGCAACCUUCCCUUACUGGAGGAGAGGUUACCGAGGCCCAUCAAGAAAAAGAAGAGGUUACAAAGCAGUCGACUGUAGAUGUACAGUUGAAGGAUCGCGUAGUCUUGCUCAGGAAGGAGCUGGCUUGCAAUAUUGCACCACGGGUGUUGAUAUCGGCCGUGUCUGAUUGCUACAGCAGUAUCGUCGACAAACACAAGGAGCGUGUUUUGGUACUGAUGGAUGUCCUGGCAGAAUGUGUGAAAGCCAUGAAGAAGGAAGAUAUUAAAACCCACCAUUCCAAUCUCUUCACACUUUUCUUAGAGGCGUUGGAUUUUAGAACUCACCACAACCAGGAGCGUGGCUAAUAAACUGAAAGGUUUGUUUGUGCUGUUUGCGGGUUACAUUGUGAAGAACUGUGCCUCUUUACUAGACGCUACGAAUAACUCCAAAACUGCGGAAAUAAUUUUUCAGGACGAGUCUCCAAACAGAAACAUGUAUAAAACUUGCCUUCUGGUAAACUACAUGUUGGAUUGUUUGCACAAAUGCUUCAUGUAUGACACACACGGAUUCUUGGAAAGCGAUCGUAUCCAGUGUUUGAUGCAGCCUCUUGUAGAUCAGAUUGAAAACAUGUCAGGAGGAGAAGAUACAUUUAGAGAACGGCUUGCGAACCACUUGGCCCCGUGCCUCGCGCAGUUUGCCGUAGCCUCCGGAAGUGAUGCGCACUGGAAACCGCUGAACUAUCAAGUAUUACUGAAGACUCGGCACAGCUCUUCAACGGUUCGUUUUGCAGCGCUCAAAGUGCUAGAGGGAUUCCACGCAAAACUCGGAGAGGAGUUCAUGGUACUUUUACCAGAAUCAAUUCCAUUCUUAGCAGAGCUUAUGGAAGAUGAAUGCUUUGAGGUGGAACAGCAAUGUCAGCACCUCAUCUCGGAAAUCGAGCAAGUCUUAGGAGAGCCAUUACAAAAAUAUUUUUGAUGAAUAUAACGAGACACUGUUCCACACUGGUGGACACUGCUUCACACUGGCGAACAGUGCCCUUACACUAAUGAACACCACUGCUCCACAGUGGUGCUCUAUGAACAUGAACUUGGUACAGCCAACUGGAAAAUGGACUUUUUCUCCUGUGAAAAUAAAUAUAGCCAUGAUUAUCAGUGGCUUACAAGACGCACCUACCAAUGGUGUAAGUCAGAGCUACAGAAAAUAAAUUUUAAUCAGAGGAAAAACCGAAAUCUUUUGCUUGGGCACUGGGGUUAGGGUUUGGUUUAUACUAAUUAUACUAUGCUUUGAUAUAUCCCUAUUUAAGCUAUGGUAUAACUACCUGGGGGUGUGCCACCAAUACUAAGUUAAAAUGCCUCUGUAUUAAGCAGAACAAAUGUCUUCGUAGCAUCAUCUUUGCAAAUGUUAGAGAAAGUGCCAAUCCCUAUUAGAAACUAUAAGGAGUUCUAAAGUUGGAUGCUAUUUAUAAAUUCAGAAUAUGCUGCCUUGCAUAUAAGAUUAAUAUUAAAGGGGAUAGCAUUCCAGAUAUCUUCCUUGAUAUCCUGACCCCAGCAUCUGAAAAACAUAAUUAUAAGACAAGAUUUACUACUAAUAAUAAUAUUUUUAGACAAAGAGUAUCCACCAACAUGGGAAAAUCAUCGUUUAUAUUCUCUGCUUCAAAGAUAUGUGAAACCGUACCCACUUAUCUUAAAUAUAUGCCUUACAAUAGCUUUAAAAAAGAAUGGAAACAUCAACUUUUGCUCAACCAAACCUGAUCAUUUUACUUUGCUACUGAUGUACUCUUAGGAAAAAUGGAAACUUCAACCUUGUUCAACAAAACCUAAUCAUUUUACUUAAUUUACUGCUGAUUUAUUUUUAUUAUAGGAUGCUAUUUAUAUGACCAUUAAGGUGUCCAACUAGAAAAGUUUUUGCUACUUUGGACACCGUGCACCUCUCAAACUUAUCUUUAUGGCCAAAUAGUACUUUUAUUCUUCUCUCUCUCUCUCUCCAAUUUUUCAUAUAAAUACUAACUGCCAUUAAUAGUGUGAAAUAAAUGAGAGUUCAAAGUUCAUUCUCUAAGGACCUGUAGAAAAGGGGUCCAUAAUACACUCCAGGGAAUGAGGCAACCCUGAGGCCUACCACAGAAGCAACUUCUCUAAUGGGUACAGGUCCCUGAUAUUUUAAGACUUCUAUAUGCAUUUUUUAACUUAUCAACUUUAUCAGGGACCAUGGUGAUAUCCAUUGUAACGGAGUUUACAAUGAAUCCCAGAAAUUUGACUUGUUGUGAUGGAUUUGUCACUGAUCAUGGUGUCAUGGACAGUAAAAUCUAAGGAUUUUAGCAAUUUAAUGGUAUUGCUAACUUGUUUAUCAAGCUCCUGAGGUGUAUCAGCUAGCAAGAGGAUGUCAUCAAUGUAACCCACCAGGUGGAAGCCUCUUGAUCUAAGGGAGGCGUAAACUGGUUUCACAAGUUUAGCGAAGGACCUUGGGGCACUAGAUAGCCCAUUGGGUAAACAAGUAAAUUCAUACAAGUUGAGAUAUUUUCUAUGAUCAAUCACUAUAGGAACUGAGUAGUACGCAUCCUUGAGGUCGAGAACUGCCAUCCAUGAGCCUUGUUUAAUCAAUUGGGCAGCUGUUUGAAGUGACUUCAUCGCAAAGUGUUUAUAGGUCACAUGUUCAUUUAGCCUUUUCAAGUUUAGAAUCAACCUGUGUGA